UUUCUCUCUCUAGACUUGGUGGAGGAAGUUAAACCUUGAGUUCCUUGACCAAAAAUCCCAUUGCCGGCGAGAUUGAAAAUGAAGGCAGAAACGAAAGUUUGAAAAGCGAUGGACAAGAGUGUAUGUAUCGAAAGAGGCUUAAAGAAGAAGAGAUGAUUGGUAGUCACGGUGGCAUAUCAUCAUCAUCCUAUUGUUCUUUCUCCAUCGCUUUUGCAGGACUAGUCACUUCAUUUGUUAAAUCAGCUACAAACUAGACGUUUUUCUUAUAUAUUUCCUGUUGAAGUUGCUCGGUCGCCGGAGUGGACGGCCGUCAUGGUCGAGUUGACUCAAACUGAAGUCUACGCGCCUAAGAGUCUGCAAGUGUGGAGAGGUUUGCUGAAUUGGCUCUCUUUCUUCUUCCAGAUCUUCCUUCAGAUCGUUAGAGGAGCUCCGUCGGUGGCUCAGGUCUUCUCCUAUAUUGGUCUAGGGCAUUCGAAUUUGCUAUCUUCCAGCACUCCGUCAUUCAAGCCGCUUCCCGUAGUUGAAUUGGAAGAAGUUCAUGAGACAGGGAUAGAGACGCCUGCUGCUUCGACGCUGCAUAUUACAAGUGAAAGAGUCAAUGAUGAUCGGCCAGUUGACAGGCUCACGGUAGUUCUUGACUUGGAUGAAACUUUAGUGUGUGCAUAUGAAACAUCCAGUUUGCCAUCUAUAAUUCGGACUCAAGCUAUUGAAUCUGGAUUGAAAUGGUUUGAGAUAGAAUGUGUAUCUUCAGACAAGGAAUGUGAUGGAAAACCAAAAAUCAACUAUGUCACAGUGUUUGAACGUCCAGGAUUACGAGAAUUUCUGAGACAGCUCAAUGAAUUUGCUGAUCUUGUGUUGUUUACAGCAGGUCUUGAAGGUUAUGCCAGACCUUUGGUUGAUAGAAUAGAUAAUGAAAAUAGGUUCAUUCAAAGAUUGUAUCGGCCUUCUACAACUAGCACGGAAUACAGAGAACAUGUUAAGGACCUGUCAUGUCUUUCAAAAGAUCCUAGGCGCAUAGUUAUAGUUGAUAACAACCCAUUCAGUUUCAUACUGCAACCAGUAAAUGGCAUUCCUUGCGUAGGAUUUUCUGCAGGACAACCGCAAGAUGAUCAGCUACUUGAGGUGAUCCUGCCACUUGUACAACAUCUUUCUGAGCAAAGGGACGUGAGGCCUGUGCUGUACGAUAGGUUUCACAUGCCGGAGUGGUUUCAAAGGCAUGGUAUCCCUCCACUGUCUGAGCCUGGGUGGUAAAUUGGUGCUAAUAACAUGAAGGUGUAUGUAUUUUUCAUGCCAAAAACUGCAUCUUCUUAUUUGCCAGUUGCCACCCCUUAAAGGGGGAAAUGCAAAGUCAGUAAUAGUGUUGCUAUCUUAGAAGAAGAUGGGUGAAUCGCGAUGUUCCUGAUUUGAUGCGUGUUGCUGUUGUAUCACAAUAUUAUAAUAUUGAUAUGUGUAUAUUAUUAUUCUUAUGCAACUCCAUUGAUAUAUGUUAUGAAGAUGGUGGAUUGGUUCUUUUCAUAUUAUCAAUUAUUAUGUUUCUA